UUUAUCUACGAAGAGCGAAACGUAGCCGUAGAGAUGGCCUUGAAACGGUAGGGCUAAUUCGAUAUUGACGUUCAAGUCCUUUGCUAUUGGCUAACUCCCCACCGCUAUUCGUACUGUCACUCAGAACUGUCAAAUCCCGCCGCCGUUAUUUUUACGCCAUUACAGUUUUCGCGUCGAGUAGUGAAGUGUUUGCGUUGAUUAAUUUCCGUACCUUUAUUUCUCCGUGAUAAUUGUAAUAUUCAGUGCUACGUUUCAUUUUGAUAUUCAAAAUGCCUCGCAAGUGCUGUAUACCCGGCUGUGAUAGUAAACGAAAGGACGUUAUGCUGCACAGAAUGCCAGCGGCCAGUGAAAAAGUUUUAUUGUGGCGUAAAACAAUUUCAGCAGUUCCAUUAACCAUUUUUGAGGGUUUGACAUCGGGUGAAAUUAGUAAACUACACGUUUACCACAAUCACUUCGAGGCCAAAUACGUGUCUUCGAAGAUGCGGUUAAGGCCGAAUGCCUGUCCAACAUUGUUUACCCUCGAAGAAAUCACCACUGGAACGCCUGCUCACUCAUCUGCUGAAAGAGUUUAUAGGUUCCUACGCGGAAUUGUUAAAAUGGACACAACUUCAAGUUUAGUGUUCUACGCGGAAUUGUUAAAAUGGACUCAACUUCAAGUUUUCCCAGUCGAUGCCGCCGCUGAAAUGUUUUUUUUACUUUUUCUACAUGGAUCCAUGGAACUUGAAAGCAUGGGAAACUCUGACCACUCUUAUGCAAGAAAACGCCAUUAUGACCACACCUAUGCUAUGAGUGCCGCAACGAAUGAAUCAAAUGAUGCUGUACUCGUACCGUCACACAUAACAACUGUACCAGAUACAGCAGAUGUUUCACUGGAAUCCAUGCCACCUAUUGCGGGUCUGUCGAUUGAGGCAUCUCAUCUAAAUUCAGAGCGCGUCUCGUCUGCAGAUCAAGCUUCCAUUGCGGUUGUGGACCCGUCAUUUGAGCAAACUCCACCGCAAACAGUGGACGCCUCCUCUACGGUCUCCGCUGAUCAAUCCUGCAUCACGGUAGCAGACACAUCAGUUAAGCAAAUUUCAUCACAUGCAGUUGUCGACUCCUCUUCCAUGAUCUGCGAUGAUCAGGCGUACAUCACUGCUCCAGGGCCGUCAGUUGAGUCAACUGCGGUAAAUCCAGAACUCGCACGGGCGUCGGGUGUUCAAGAACAGAACACGAGAAAGGAACGGACUCCGAAAUGGGCAUGUCGCAAGCGACUUCGAGUUGUAUCUCACGCCGAUCAACUGUCGCCAGAGUAUGAGGCGUUGUACAAACACUACAAAAAAGCCAAAAAACAAGUGGACUACUUCAGACGAGCCAAGAUGGCCUCUAAGUUGUCAAAAGAGGCUUCAUUCAAACAAUUAGUGGCAGGAAUGAACUCUGUGGCAAGAAAAUUUCUGUGGAUGCAGAUUAAACUCUGUACUACGAGUAAAAAAGGCAGAAGGUUUUGCCUAGAGGAAAAAGUUAUCGCACUUUCAAUUAUGAAGCAAAGCCCAAAAUGCUACAGAUUCUUGCAGAGAAUAUUCAUCCUGCCAUGCAAAACGACACUUAAUAAGUUGUUAUUAAACGUAAACAUUGAAGCUGGCAUUAAUACUCAAGUCUUUAAUGUCAUUAAACAAGAGGUCUGCAAAUGGAAUGAGGCCAAAAGAAUGUGUUCCAUAAUAUUUGAUGAGAUGAAGUUGGAGGCUGGCGUCCAUUACUCACGGAAACACGACAAUAUUAAUGGAUUCGUUGAAUUGUCUGAGAAGACCAACCACUUGGCCGACCACGCUCUAGCAUUUAUGAUUAAAGGCGCGGUUCAUAAGUGGCAACAACCGAUGGCGUAUUACUUCUCCGAAGGUGCCGCGUCGGGUCCGCAGAUGAAGGCCAUCAUCAAGGAGAUAGUGGCGGCCGUGUGCGAGACGGGGCUCCAGCCUAUCGCUUUGAUAAGCGACCAGGGGACUUCGUUUCAAAGCGCCUUCAAAAGCCUUCAAGAGGACACUAGAAGAUCACAAAUCAUAGCAGGCCAGGAGACCGAUGACACUAUACACUUAAAUGGCCAAACCCUUAGUGUGCUGUAUGACCCGCCACAUUUGAUUAAAGGAGUCAGGAAUAACUUCUUGACGAAGUAUAUUGUAAUGGAGGGCAAAGUGUCGAAGUGGCAGGACUUGGUGGACGUGUACCGCACCGACUGCGGCCACGCGCAAGCUCGCCUGCUGCACAAGCUCAACGACGAGCACAUACUCCCGGAGAAAAUUAAGAAAAUGAAGGUGAAAAACUGUGUACGUGUUUUCAGUCAAACCAUGGCAGGAGCUUUAUCCUACACAGCUUCAUUUUCGCACUACGCGGACGGCACACCGGUGAGCGCGACGUUGGCCAACACGGCGGAGCUGGUGGCGUUCCUCGACGACCUCUUUGACAGCGUCAACGGUGCCAGCACCCACCACAAGCACACCAAGGGGAAGAAAUUACGGACUGCUGUUACAGACAAUUCUGAACAUCACGUCUUCUGGGCGAAGGCCAUACCAGUCGUCGAAAAUAUGAAACUACUCGAUCAUAAUGGCAAAAUGACCACAGUCCCGAGUUUAAGAAAUUGGGUGACGACGUUAAAAAGUUUUCAAACGCUGUGGCAGGUCAUGAAAGAUAAAAACAUAAAGAUAAUGCGCCCGCGGUAUUUUAAUUCUGACGCGAUCGAAAACUUCUUUGGAAGAGUACGGGCAUACAAUGCCAGAAAUAAUGACCCGACCUGCCACGCCUUUGAGUGCACAUUUAAGUCAUUCCUUAUAACAAAUUUUAUCAAAUUUCAUGAAAACACUUACAAUUGUGAAGAAGACUGUGCUGAGCAAGUUAUUAAAAUUCAAUCAUUGUUUUCGCACACCGAAGAAACCAGUACAAUGGACGAGAAUACUGCCAUAUCGGUUGAUUCUGCGCCUUCCUCAUUUUCGACCUCCAACGAUCGUGAGAACGGCGCAGAACAACUAUUGGUUCAAGCCACACGGGAGCGUCUAGAUGUACACUCACGGGCAUAUACCGCGGGAUGGGUCACUAGAAAAGUACUGAAGAUACUUGCUUGCAAAAACUGUGAAAAAGAUUUAACAACAGAAGAAACAGAUAUCCAUAAAUGGAUAUCUAAGAGAGAGUACAAUGUAAUUAAAAAAAAUAAAUUGACCUAUCCCUCGGAGCAUGCUGUGAGGUUUUUUGGCAACAUUGUCGAAAAAUCAAAUGAAUAUUUGGAACACAACGCGCAUAAAUCAAACAUAAAAAAACAAAUUACUCAAAUUUUAAUGUCCAAAUAUUCAUUUGAUUUUAUCAAAUGCGAAAUUCACCGUGAUUUGGCUAAGCAGACAUUCAUUUCUGUAUCACUAACACUAAGUAUUUUUAACUGGUGUAAUACAAUAAAUAAAAUUUUAAAAGGCACCGAUGUGUCAAGAUUGAAUAUUAAAAACUUGCCUCUUAUGCAAGCACAGGCUUACAGGAAAUAUAAAAAAAGGUUUAGGAAUAAAUGAUAACAAAUAUUA